GGGAAGAAGGAGCUUUUGGAGGCCGCGCCGCCUAGCGUUUGGCGCGCGAGUUGCUUCCGGGUUGCGCUCCCAGAAGCAGGAAGUUGGAGGUUUAUCCUCCUCGCCCGGCGGCUGCUGUCCCCGAGGCGGGAGGAGCCUGAGGGGACGCGGGCCCCGCAUGGAUUUUGUAAACAUGGAUCUUGCUGCCAAUGAGCUCAGCAUUUAUGACAAACUUACAGAGACUGUUGAUUUAGUGAGACAGACAGGCCAUCAAUGUGGCAUGUCAGAGAAGGCAAUUGAAAAAUUUAUCAGACAGCUGCUGGAGAAGAAUGAACCACAGAGGGGGCCACCCCAGUACCCUCUCCUUAUAGCUGUGUAUAAGGUCCUCGUAACCCUGGGAUUAAUCUUGCUCACUGCCUACUUUGUGAUUCAACCUUUCAGCCCAUUACCACCUGAACCUGUGCUUUCUGGAGCUCAUACCUGGCGCUCACUCAUCCAUCACAUUCGGCUGAUGUCCUUGCCCAUUACUAAGAAGUAUAGUCCAGAAAAUAAGGGAGUUCCUGUGCAUGGCAGUAAUGAAGACAGACCCUUUCCAGACUAUGACCCCUGGCGGACAAACAGUUGUGAACAGAAUGAGUCAGACCCCAUCCCUGCCAACUGCACUGGCUGUGCCCAGAAAUUACCCCUCAAGGUAAUGCUUCUGGAAGAUACCCCGAGAAAAUUUGAGAGACUCCAUCCUCUGGUGAUCAAGACAGGACAGCCCCUGAUGUCUGAGGAGCUUCAGCAGUUCUUGUGCCGGUACCCUGAGGCAACAGAAGGCUUCACUGAAGGGGUUUUCACCAAGUGGUGGCGCUGCUUUCCUGAACGGUGGUUCCCGUUUCCUUAUCCGUGGAGAAGACCUUUGAAUAGGUCACACAUUUUACGUGAGCUUUUUCCUGUUUUCACCUACCUGCCAUUUCCAAAAGAUUCCUCCUUGAAAAAGUGCUUCCUUUUUCAACCGGAACCUAUUGUGGGGAGUAAGAUGCAUAGGAUGCAUGAUCUGUUUACUGUUGGCAGCGGUGAGGCCAUGUUGCAGCUCAUCCCUCCCUUCCAGUGCCGAAGCCACUGCCAGUCAGUGGCAAUGCCACUAGAGCCCGGAGAUGUUGGCUAUGCUGGUGCCACUCACUGGAAGGUCUACGUUAUAGCCAGAGAGGUCCAGCCUUUGGUCGUUUGUGAUGGAACCACCCUCUCGGAACUAUAGGAAACAACUAUGUAGAGGAACAGCUUUGAGAACUGAAGACCAGAAUGAAAGGAGGGAAAUAAAAACAAAAACUAUGACACCA